ACCAGCGUCUCUCCCGACGACGAUUCUCGGUGUCUUCUUCCUCCUCCCUCACUGUUCGACCUUCUUCGUCUCUCAUCGUCUUCUUCAUCGUUUCUUAUCACUCCCGCCUCAAAAAAAUCAGCUUCCCCCUUUCUCUUGUUUUCUGCUUUCUCCCCUGUAAAAGCGACGCACGCGUUCGCUUCCAAUCUCUUCUUCUCUGCUUGAAAUCAAAUCACGACACCGUUUAAGGGACUGUAAGUGUGUUUAUGCGUUUUCCAUAUCCGCCCGCCUGCCUGUGGACAUUAAUAGAUAAAUAAAAAAAACCUUGUUCUUCCAUUCCAUUCCUGAUGAUGGAUAAUGAAGUGCUCGACUUCGAUAUCGGUGUAGGAGUUAGUAGUGGGGGAGAUGUUGAUGACGACGCUAUUGAUAUUGAGCACCAUGGUCUCGACGACGAUGAUAUGCUCGACAGCCCAAUUAUGCCUUGUGGUAUCUCUCUUGGCAAUUCCGAAAAUUACUUUCCCAAUCAGGAGGAGGAGGAGGAGCAGCAGGAUCUCCUGGAUCUCGAGCCUUACGAUGGUCUUGAAUUCGAGUCCGAAGAAGCUGCCAAGGCUUUCUACAACUCAUAUGCCCGUCGCAUCGGCUUUAGUACCCGUGUCAGUUCCUCCCGCCGCUCCCGCCGAGAUGGAGCCAUCAUCCAGAGGCAAUUUGUUUGUGCCAAGGAAGGUUUCAGGAAUAUGAACGAGAAGCGCACCAAGGACAGGGAGAUCAAGCGCCCCAGGACCAUCACUAGAGUCGGUUGCAAAGCCUCCCUCUCUGUUAAGAUGCACGACUCUGGUAAAUGGCUCGUCUCUGGCUUUGUCAAAGAGCACAACCAUGACCUCGUUCCUCCCGACCAAGUCCACUGUCUCCGCUCCCACAGGCAAAUCUCUGGCCCAGCCAAGACCUUGAUUGACACGCUUCAAGCUGCAGGUAUGGGCCCCCGCAGGAUUAUGUCCGCCCUCAUCAAAGAGUACGGUGGCAUCAGCAAGGUUGGCUUCACCGAAGUCGACUGUAGGAAUUAUAUGAGGAACAAUCGGCAGAAGAGCAUAGAAGGAGAUAUUCAGCUUCUUCUUGACUACUUGCGGCAGAUGAAUGCCGACAACCCUAACUUCUUUUACGCUCUUCAGGGAGGAACCACCGAAGAUGAUCACUCUGUGGGUAAUGUCUUCUGGGCUGAUCCUAAAGCUAGAACGGAUUUUGCUUACUUUGGGGAUACUGUCACUUUUGAUACCACCUACAGGUCCAACAGGUACCGUUUGCCUUUCGCACCCUUCACUGGUGUUAACCACCAUGGCCAACCCAUUCUUUUCGGCUGUGCCUUUAUCAUUAACGAAACCGAGGCUUCCUUUGUAUGGCUUUUCAAUACAUGGCUUGCGGCAAUGUCCGCCCACCCUCCUGUCUCAAUCACCACCGAUCAUGAUGCUGUUAUACGUGCAGCCAUCAUGCAGGUUUUCCCUGCCGCCCGCCAUCGCUUUUGCAAAUGGCAUAUUUUCAAGAAGUGUCAAGAGAAGUUGUCGCAUGUCUUCCUCACGCAUCCUUUUUUUGAGUCUGAUUUCGACAAAUGUGUCAAUCUGACAGAUACCCUUGAGGAUUUUGAAUCAUGUUGGUUUUCACUUCUUGACAAGUAUGAGCUACGCGAUCAUGACUGGCUACAAGCAUUGUACUCCGAUCGCCGGCAGUGGGUCCCAGUUUAUCUCCGUGAUACCUUUUUUGCCGAAAUGUCCUUAGCGCAGCGUAGUGACAGUAUCAAUUCGUAUUUUGAUGGUUACAUCAACGCUUCAACCAAUCUAAGCCAGUUCUUUAAGCUGUACGAAAAAGCCUUGGAGAGUCGUCUCGAGAAAGAAGUUAAAGCAGACUAUGAUACUAUGAACUCACCUCCUGUUCUCAAGACUCCAUCUCCAAUGGAGAAGCAGGCGUCUGACCUUUAUACAAGGAAAUUGUUUAUCAGAUUUCAGGAAGAACUAGUUGGAACCCUGACUUUUAUGGCAUCCAAAGCUCACGAUGAUGGGGAUCUUGUUACCUAUACGGUUGCGAAAUAUGGAGAGGCUCACAAGGCUCAUUUCAUCAAGUUCAACGUUUUGGAGAUGAGAGCAAAUUGCAGUUGCCAGAUGUUUGAGUUCUCUGGCAUCAUUUGUAGACAUAUAUUGGCAGUCUUCCGGGUCACCAAUCUCCUUACGCUUCCCCCUUACUACAUCCUAAAACGAUGGACCAGAAAUGCCAAAAGCAGCGUCAUAUUUGAUGAUUAUAAUUUGCAUGCGUAUGCUAAUUACCUGGAGUCUCAUACCGUCCGAUACAACACCUUACGCCACAAAGCUUCUAAUUUUCUGCAAGAAGCAGGCAAAUCUCUUUAUACUUGUGAUGUUGCAGUAGUUGCUCUGCAAGAAGCUGCCAAGACUGUGUCCCUAGCGAUGAAUAAGGAAGUUAGAAGAACUAUGGCGAACGGGCACUUUAAAGAGACUUCUUCUGUAACUGAUGGAAAACGGAUGUGUUGCAAUGAGGACUGUCAGCAAGAUGUGCCGGCUCAGCCCGAGGACGAAAUGGACAAGAAGAUUAAUCAACUCAGAAACGAGCUGGAAUUAGCAAACAAGAAAUGUGAAGCUUACAGGACUAACCUACUUUCAGUUUUGAAAGAAAUGGAUGAUCAAAAGUUGCAAGUGUCCAUCAAAGUGCAGAACAUUAAAAUUAGCUUGAAGGAUAAUCUGUGAAAUAAGUGACAUAUUCCAACUGCUAUUCUCAUCUAUUAAUUAAAUUAUUUGGCUUUUCUUCUGA